UGUAUCUUCAAUCAUAGGAGCGAUUAUGAUAUGUUCAUACAAAAUAAUGCAAAAUACUAAAGCACAUAACUAGUUAUAGAGACAAGCACUUCAACAUAUACUUCGUUACAAAACAAGCCCUUUUUACGAGCUCAUUAAGUUAGAUUCUGCUACCAUUGUUACUGAACUUACUAUUCGUACUGCCCUUGUUCCUCAUCACAAAUAUUACUACUCUUUCACAACCCUUUUACUCAAUUAAAACAGUUGUUACAAGCAUCACAAUAUACACACCCUCAACAACGCCGUCUUGCUUACAAAGAAUUUGAAAAUCGUCUAGUAAUUGCCGAUUUUUGGUCGUGCUUCUACUAUUCCUCCAUACGACACGACAGAGUAUUCUGCAAGUCGCAGUGCUCCUUAAUUCAUAAUAAAUAUGAGUUACGUUUCAAGCAUCCAUAAGUUUUCUUCUGUUAAGGAUGCAGUUAGCUGUCGUUUGGAUGGAAAGAAUUGGAACGUGGUUGUUCUCAAAACAAAUCGUAUUGAAAUAUACGGCUUCGAAGGAGACAAACUCGUUCAACUAGGCUCGUCCACUGUAUUUAGCAAAGUGAGGUCUAUCAAGAGUUUCCGGCCUCCUCUCUCUACUAAGGACCAUUUAAUUGUUACAGUAUCGCCAUUCUCAUAUUUCACAGUAACCUGGGAUCCUGACAAAAAACAAUUUAUUAACGAAGUCACCGCUCAGCCUCCCGCAAGCACCUUCUUUCUUAACAAGCAACGCAAUCCGAAGUUGCUUAUUGACCCAAGCAACCGAGUAAUUUGUUCACAUGCAUUUCAGGGCUUAUUAACUUUCAUUCCUAUUACCCAAAGAAUAACGAAAAAACGACAAAAAGAUGUUCCCUCACAAUCCGUGCAGGAUAACUUUACAGUACGUAUAAUGGAACUUGACGUACUCGAUAUAGUAUUCCUCUACACAUCGAAAACUCCUACUUUGGCAGUUCUUUACAAGGACAGCAGGUCUGUCAUCCAUCUGAAAGCAUACACAGUAAACUUGGCGGAAAAAGAACUAAACGAGGAUGAAAGUUUUGCUUGUCAUGACAUUGAGGAAGGACGGCUAAUCGCUCACUACGAUGGCGGCGUUUUUGUAUUUGGAGAAGUCUAUGUAUACUAUGUCUCACGAGAGAAAAAGAGUUCUAAAAUGCUGGUUUCAUAUCCGGUCACCGCCUAUUCUGCUGUCUUUCAAAGCUUUCAGAACGGCACUGAGGUUUGCAUCAACGAACGAAAGUACAUAGUCUCAGACGAGUCUGGUGCUGUUUACAUGUUUAAUAUCGGAAACAAUUUCAAUGUAACUUUGGAAAAAAUUGGAGAAGCACCGAUAGCUUCUUGCAUAGUGGCCUUACCAAACGAUCAGAUUUUUCUCGGAAGUCAUUUUGGUGAUUCAAAGCUUUAUCGUUUUCAAAACAAACCAGGCGUUGCCGGAAGUGUGGAGCUUUUGGAAGUUCAGAGUUUUGACAAUCUUGCUCCCAUAAGUGACUUCUGCAUCGACCAUGGAAAUGGAGGCUCAUUCAUGGUUGCUUGCUGCAAUGCUUACAACGAAGGCUCUUUGCGUGAAAUGAAGUCCGGAAUUGAUAUAUCGGAUUACGGAGUCAUUGAAAUGCCUAAUGUCUGUUCGCUUUAUUCCGUACAACUUCAGUCAUCAGUAACGAAGUACCUAUUUGUCGGCUCCAUAUCGGAAACAAGUGUUUUUGAGAUAUCACAAUCCGGUGAAAUGGAUUUGGUUGAUAGCCUCUGUUUAGAAGAACCAACCAUUUUUGUGGGCGCUACGAGCGACUCUUCUUGUCUUUAUCAUGUCGCACGUUCCAGUGUUUGUUUGUUUGAUGGAAAACAGCUCUCGUACUGGUUUGCUGAUGGAGGAGCCAUCACAUGCGCCGCUGUUUAUGAUAAUGCUGUUUGUCUCUCAAUGACAAACAAUCAGAUCGUCUUUCUUCACAAAUUACAGGUGGUUAGUAAACUGCAAGUCGAUUCAGAUGUCACUGCACUGUCCUUUUUAAACGAUGCGCGCACCAUCUGUGUAGGAUUAUGGAAUCAAAAGCUGCUUCUUCUGGAUUCGGAUAACACAACUUGUACCGUGCGAGAGACGCUUGAGGUAAACGAAAAAGCACAGUCAUUGGUAUGUGUGAAGCUUGCUGGAAUUGCUUCAGUAGCUUUAUAUAUGUCUACAGAGUCGGGAAAAUUGAUUACGUUUGACAUUGAUCCAGUAACAAAAGGCAUAAAGCAGCGCCUCACCUAUCCUUUAACGGCUGUUCCUUUAAAUAUGAACACGUUCCAGACCCCGAACGGCCCUGUACUCAUUACGCUUGGCGAGCAUCCCUACGCUGUCUAUGGCGAAAACCAGCACCUGUCUUUUGCCUACAUUGGCAAUAGCGACAUUGUAUGUUUGUCUCACCUUCAGCAUCCAGGAAUUCCGGCAAAUACAGUGUAUGCGACACGCAAUGCCCUGAAACUGAGCAACGUAAAUAUGCUACAAAAGCUGCACAUACGCCGAAUUCCCGUCGCUGGCAUCCCGCGCCGUAUUGCAGCCACAAAAGAGCAUUAUUUUGUGCUUUCAGUUGAUCUGCAAGAUAAGCUUGCAUCGCAAGGAAGCAGCAUUAUGUCAAGCCUUCAUGUCUUCAAGAAAUUAACCUAUGAGACCGUUCUCCAGCACGAGUUUGAAGACUACGAAAUUGUGGAAUGUGCCCUCACACUUCCCGACAACGAGCGCGUCGUUGUGGGCACGGGCUUUAAUUAUCCUGAUCGCGAUGAACCAGACGGAGGUCGUUUAAUUGUAUUCCGGUUGGACGAGCAGGAGAAGUUGGUUACAGAAGCUGUUUACAAGACACAGGGUGCUAUCUUUUCCGUGGAGUACCAAGAAGGAAAGUUGCUCGUCGGCAUGAACGCUGUCUUAUGCACAUUCCGCUACGAGAACAAGACACUGCGAGUCGUCGGCAGCACACGUACGCCGACUUACUGUUUAAACAUUGCGGCUUCUUCAAAGGACAUUGUUGUCGUCGGCGACAUGAUGAAGUCGUUAACAUUGUACAAUACUGAAAAGGACACGGCCGAAGAAGUGGCUCGGGACUUUGGAGCUUUAUGGGUUACUUCCGUACAACCGCUCAGCGAGACACUCUUCUUCUGUACAACGGCUGACGGGGAAGCAGUUACGAUGCUUUGGGACACGAAAGCCCCCCAAAGCGUUGAGCGCAAGAAACUCCGCUGGAAGUCCUGUUACAGAUUGGGCGACAUGGUGAACCGGACACGCCGUGGAUGUUUCGUGCUGUCGUCUCCGUCUCGACUCGUCAAACCCGAGUUGAUGUGUGUCACGGUGGAAGGGGGCAUCCUGCUUAUUGGCGAUGCUAGUCAACACGCCGAUCUCCUAUUGCAAAUUCAGCACAACUUUCUAGAAGCAGUUCCCCCUCUUGGGGGACUCGACUUUUACAAAUGGCACGAGCGCUUGUUUCCGGCACGAGCCUCUGCCGCCAACAAGGAUUUUAUUGAUGGAGACCUUCUUGAAUCUAUCGAAGACCUGCCUGAAUCUACGCUACAAAAAAUUGUGCAGGGGACAAACGGCGGCCAAUCGUUGAAUAUCAGCGUGCCCGACCUGCUGGGUAUCAUCUCGGACCUGAAACGGCUGCACUAGCACCGGUGCUAGUGAUGGACUUUUACAUUUUUGUUUUCUUCCGGGACUAAUUUAUUCAACUUUACAGUUAUCUACGAAACAGAAUGUAGCGAAAUGUGCGCAAACUCAAGCACGCACCCGUGCUCAAGGCAGCAUAUGAUCAUUCAUCCAUUAAGGACGGCGCUAAACCCUGAGACUGGCUUAGCUAAAUGGAGCAGGUGUCUUAAAACGCUAUCAAAACAGGCAGCGAAAAAGAGCCGUUUUAAACCUUGCACCGGUUGCCGCCAGCCCUUCUCGAAUCCAUCCAUAAACCCUCGUGUCGCGCUAAUUCCUCAGCAUGCUGCACUAACAUAAACCUCCGCACAUCAGCACCAAACGAUACCCAAGCAACCCAAAUCGACCCGAAGAUAUGGCACAAAAGAAUGCUACCUGUAGUUCAUAAACAUAACAACUGUAAGACACAAGACACAAGCCAACCUCCUUUUCCCUCCUUUUCCCUCCGUCAUCUCCUCUGUCCAUCUCCUCUGUCCAUCUCCUCCCGUUCAUCUCCUUCUCUCCAUCUCCUCCUCUCCAUCUUCUCUCCCUUCCUCCUCUCCAUCUUCUCUCCCUUCCUCCUCUCCAUCUUCUCGCCCCUACGGCACCUCGUAUCCCACCGCCUGCUCGCCUUCAUUGCCAAUCGUUAUCCCAGCGCCCCAUGGCGCAACGCCCCCGUGGUGGAGAGUUCGACUUUUGAGGGGGCCGACCUUUAACUGGUAGUAAACCCAGGAACUCUAUGACGAACCAUUCCCCCAAACUUACCAACUCCCUCUACCGCCCAG